AAAGCUUUUUGCAAGAAAAAAAAACAAAAAAACAACACCCCCAAAAAAACAAUGUUAGCCUUCGUGCCAUUAGCUUCGACGCCUGUGUAGCAGCCAGCCUCCACCCCUGUGUCAUUUUAUUUUUAUGUUUUUCAGCGUCACAUCCCCCCUGGCCGGAGGAAUGUAGAGACGGAGAGCUUUAAAAAUAGCAUCCUCUCCUCUGACAGCGCUGCUCCGGUGGCUCCGCAGCACUGUGCUGCGAGAAGCAGGAAUGCGAAGAUGGCUGCAGACCUAGGAGAGCUGCUGGUCCCGUACAUGCCCACCAUCAGAGUCCCCAGGACCGGAGACAGGGUUUUCAAGAGCGAGUGUGCCUUUUCCUUCGACUCUCCCGAGUCUGAGGGAGGCCUGUAUGUGUGUAUGAACACAUUCCUGGGCUUUGGACGAGAACAUGUGGAGAGACAUUAUCGCAAAACAGGACAGAGUGUUUACAUGCACCUCAAGCGACAUGUCAAAGAAAAAGCCACAGGAGCUGCUGGAGGUGCCAUCCCCAGACGAAGAAAUGGAAAAGUGUUUCUAGAUUUAGAGCUAAAUCGCGAUUUUAACGGAGAGGACUAUGAAUACGAAGACGAGGCCAAGCUCGUCAUUUUUCCAGACCACUUCGAGAUCCCCUUACCAAAUAUUGAGGAGUUGCCCGCUCUGGUGACCAUCGCCUGUGACGCAGUGCUCAAUGCAUCAUCAGCUUACAAGAAGCAAGAGUCUGAAUCCUGGGAGGAGGAGAUCCAGGUGUCCAGACAUGCCAGGAGUCUCAGACAGCUGGACAAUGGGGUCAGAAUCCCACCCAGUGGCUGGAAGUGUCAGAAAUGCGAGAUGAGAGAAAACCUGUGGCUGAACCUGACGGAUGGAGCAGUGCUCUGUGGGAAGUGGUUCUUUGAUGGCAGCGGAGGUAAUGGCCACGCUCUGGAGCACUACAGAGAGACUAACUACCCUCUGGCCAUCAAACUGGACACCAUCACCCCAGACGGAGCAGAUGUCUAUUCAUUUGAAGAGGAAGAAGCUGUGUUGGAUCCCCACAUAUCAGAACACUUGUCACACUUUGGAAUAGACAUGCUACAGAUGCAGCAAAGAACAGAGAAUGGGCACCACACAGACAAUAACGCGAGGCCACGAGUCAGUGAAUGGGAGGUGAUCCAGGAAUCUGGCAUGAAGCUGAAGGCGGUGUACGGUUCUGGCUACACGGGCAUCAAAAACCUGGGCAACAGCUGCUACCUCAGCACAGUAAUGCAGGUCCUCUUCAGCAUCCCAGACUUCCAGAGGAUGUAUGUGGGUAAUCUUCAGAGGAUAUAUGACUAUUCACCCCUUGACCCCAGCCAGGACUUUGCCACACAAAUGGCUAAACUGGGACAUGGACUGCUCUCAGGCCAGUACUCCAAACCACCCAUGAAAUCUGAGCUCAUUGAACAGGUGAUGAAAGAAGAAUACAAGGUAUUAAACUGGCACCAGCAGAAGGGCAUCUCCCCCCGGAUGUUUAAGGCUUUGGUCAGCAGGGGACACCCAGAGUUUUCCUCAAACAGACAACAAGAUGCCCAUGAAUUCCUCCUGCACAUCAUCAACCUAGUGGAGAGGAACAGUGCAGGCUCAGAGAAUCCAAGCGACGUCUUCCGCUUCCUGGUGGAGGAACGAAUUCAGUGCUGCCAGACACGUCGGGUGCGAUACACCCAGCGGGUGGACUACUGCAUCCAGCUGCCAGCCCCCAUCGAGGCUGCCACCAAUCGAGAGGAGCUGCUGGCAUAUGAGGCCAAGCGGAAGGAUGCCGAGGAGAACAUGAGGGCUCCUCCUGAGCCAGUGAAAGCACGGAUCCCCUUCACCGCCUGCCUGCAGGCCUUCACAGAGCCAGAGAACGUCCCAGACUUCUGGAGCUCAGCUCUGCAGGCCAAGUCAGCUGGAGUCAAAACUUCCCGCUUUGCCUCCUUCCCAGAGUAUCUGGUUGUGCAGGUCAAGAAAUUCACUUUUGGGGUCGACUGGGUGCCGAAGAAACUAGACUUGGCCAUAGAUGUUCCAGACUUCCUGGAUCUGAACCGGCUGCGGGCCACGGGGUUGCAGGCAGGUGAAGAGGAGCUGCCCGACCUCAUGCCCCCAAUCGUGCUACCUGAAGACACCAGAGAUAACUCAAUGAGCUCCAUAGACUCUCCAGAAAUAGAUGAAGUGGCAGUAAUGCAGCUGGCAGAGAUGGGCUUCCCGCUGGAAGCCUGUAGGAAAGCGGUCUACUACACAGGCAACAUGGGUCCCGAGAUGGCCUUCAACUGGAUCAUAGCUCACAUGGAGGAACCUGACUUUGCAGAACCUCUCACUCUGCCCUCCAUGAUGGAUCCAGGCCCCUCCACCAGCGACAGCCCCAUGGGUGCCACCCCACUGGGCAACUCGCCCCCUGAGGAGAGCGUCGCCAUCCUGACCUCUAUGGGCUUCCCCCGCAGUCACAGCAUCCAGGCACUCAAAACCACGAACAAUAACCUCGAACGAGCUCUCGACUGGAUCUUCACCCACCCGGAGGAGGAGGAGACUGAGGCCCUUUCAGACAUGGCUGACACAGAGCCCAAUGACAACGCUUUCUCCAGCGCCAACUCACACAGCAACUCCACGCUGUCUCCAGACAGAGACGCGUUGGGCCCGCGAGUCAAAGACGGACCUGGACGUUAUGAGCUCUUUGCCUUCAUCAGCCACAUGGGAGCAUCCACAAUGUCUGGACAUUAUGUUUGUCACAUCAAAAAGGAGGGAAGGUGGGUGAUCUACAACGACCACAAGGUGUGUUUGUCAGAAAGGCCUCCAAAAGACUUGGGCUACAUCUACUUUUACCAUCGACUGUCUAGCAGUUAAACUAAAGUUACCACCCCCUUCCGCCCCGCAACCUUUAAAAAACCGCAGUCUUUCGCUUGGAAGACUGGCAGACAACUGUAUUAAGAGCCACAGUGGAAAUGAUGGAAAUAACCUCUCAGACCAGCUGCUCACGCCUUACCGUGAUGUCAUUCAGGAGCAACCAGGAACACUGGUCAGAAAGGGAAAGCAAUGUGCUUUUUGUGCUUUUGUGUUACGUUAUGCUUUAAAUGUAUAUUUCAGUGUUUAUGUUAAAAAAAAAGACAUUUUCUUGACAGUGUAGGUACAGAGGGAUGUGUGCAAUUUCUACUUCUGGACUGCUCUGGACACAAAAUAAUGUCACAUAUCAAAUCUCAUUGUUCCUCCUCUAUGCCUUCAGCUACUGUGUCAAUAUUUUCAAAGUGGUACAUUUUAUAAAUGUAUUUUGAAAUGGCAGUGCUUCACUGCCAGCCCUGAAAUGCUCUGAAACUGCAACAACAAACAAGAAAUUACUGUGCUGUUGGUGGCUUUACACUUUACUUUGAAAGAGAAAAAGAAUGUUUCUUUUUUUUUUUUUUUUUUCAUACCCGGGAAACUGAAGGAAUGUCAAGAAUAUAAAAUGUUUUGGUUGGGUUCUGAAAGAAAUGACCAGCAUACUGUAUGCAUGUUUCAGAAUGAAGGGGAGCACCAGGAAAGCCGUGAAUAGGUGUUAAAUGGGAAUUAAGUUAAAUAUACAGUAUUACUGGCUGAGUAAUAGCUCAGACCUGCUCCUGUUUCACUUGGAGAUGAGGCAAAUGUUUGCCACUUUUAAUGCAAAACCUUCUACACCAUCGUACGGUGGCUGAGUUAUUAAGAUAGAAGUAUUAUUUCCUUCCCCGAAAGCACUUUCUCUUGACUAAAACAAGUUUGUGUUUUGCACCUGAUGCAGCAGAAGUGGACUUUUUAUUCACCAGAUACAAGCAAUUGAAUGUGAUACCUUAAAUUUCUACUUCAGUACUGCUGAACCUGUUAAUCCUUGAAGUGGCCAUAAGUCUACUAAGAGAUUGCAUAUAAUUGAUGCCCUAAGCUGUGCUUAUUUUACGAUCACAUGUAGGCUAUAUAGUAGUCCUUAAUCCUCCUCCUAUUUUAUCAAUUAUUUUUGCCCAAAUUGCAAAAUAUUUGCAUAGUAGGCAAAAAACAAAACAAAAAAACUUUAUCUCUCAGCUGCAGCUGGUCCACUUUGGUCCCUUUUAUCACUUUGACAGUUUCAGACCAUGACCCAAAAGUUAAAAUGAAUGUUUUCUUUGACCUGUUGCCACUUUUUACAGGUCAAAUCAUUUAUUUACGCAUCUGAACUUUUUCCACUUCUAAAGCAAUAUGCACUACAACCAAAUCUAUUCUUGAAGCUACUGUAUGACAAAAGCUGUACAGUAUUUCCUUUAAAAUGAACGUUCUGGUACUAAUGGACACGGUGCAGUGCUGAAUGUAAAACUUCAUGGUGCUCACUGCAACCAAAACCUCCUCUUCAGCUUUAACACCCAAAAACCACAGUGAAAGUGAAACUGGCCCUUUGCUGUUUAGUCACCGUAACCUCAUGCUGGAUUAUCUACCAACUCUGUACUCUCCUUAUGUAUCCACUCAGUGUGUUCAUAAUCUGCAGGACAAUGUAUGUGCUUGUUUUUCAGAUAUUCAUGAAUUUACAGCCUCUGACUGUCAACAACAUCUUAAUAUUUGUAGUCAUAUCCUCUUUCUAUUUACUUGUACGCUACGUGGAACUAGACUUGAAUCUGGUUUUGUUUGUUGCAUCUCAAAAAGUUACUGUAAUAUUACAAAGUACCGAUAUUCUGUCAGUGGCAAUCACACUUAAUUCCAGUUUGAUGACCUUGGCAUGUGGUGAAACUGUCUUUCACUCAGUAAUGCACUUUAAGUGCAUAUUUUAAAGGGGAGUUCUGCUGAAAAUGGACUUUCAGAGUGUUAUUUUGCCUUCUUAGAAGUUUCAGUUUUUGCUGACUUCGGAGUCAUUACUGUGACAGUAAGUUGACAUUUUUUGAGAAGGUUGAAAGAAAAAAAAGAGACAUACGUCUAAAACUGUGGAAGUUAGUGGCUAGAAUGUGAUUGUCCUAAAAAAAAAAAAGGUGAUGCUUUUCGAAAAAGUCAUUGGAGUGUCUUUCCUUGAGGGAUGAUACAGGAAAAAAAAUCUUUAUAGAAGGAUUCAGACAAAUAUCUGCUUUA